GUUCGAGUGGAAGGCUUCAACUAUGUUGGCAUGGGCAAUUCCACUAACAAGAAAGAUGCACAGACCAAUGCUGCUCGAGACUUUGUCAAUUACUUGGUUCGGGUGAAUGAAAUGAAGAGAGAGGACGUCCCUGCCUUUGGAACAUCGACCAUCCAGGCAAUUCUUUAUCCGCUGAAUGGUCUGUCCAUCAACUCUGUAUCUUUCCAAUUUAGAGACCAGGAUGCCAUGUGGGAUGGUGUCCAAGUCCUGGUCCAGCCAGCAGCUGGUGAUACCCCUGAUGGACAUGAAGUAGCUAGAGAUGUUACUGGUUCCAGUUCUACUUUGGGUGGACCUCCACCUCCGCAUUUGCUUAUAGGGGCUGAAAUAGGCAAUGGCCCAGGUGCAGCACCUGGAACCUGUGGCAAUCGUGGAGCUCAGUGGGAUCGGGGUGCAAAUUUGAAAGAUUACUAUUCAAAGAAAGAGGAGCAAGAAGCACAGGCAACUUCAGAGUCAGAAGUGGACUUAAAUGCUGAUCUUCAUGGGAGUUGGACCUUGGAAAAUGCCAAGGCACGUCUGAACCAGUUUUUCCAAAAAGAGAAGAUUCAGGAAGAAUAUAAAUACACGGAAAUGGGGCCUGAUCACAACAGGAGCUUUAUUGCAGAAAUGAACAUUUAUGUGAAGCAGCUGGGCAGAAGGAUUUUCAGCCGUGAGCAUGGAUCAAACAAAAAGCUGGCAGCCCAGUCCUGUGCCCUUUCCUUGGUUAGACAGCUCUACCAUCUUGGUGUCAUAGAACCUUAUUCUGGUCAGACGAAGAAAAAAGGAGAAUCGAUGGAACCCUAUGAGGUGUCGCUGUCUUCCGACUUAGAAAAUCAGCUGCAAAAGACCAUACGGGAACUGUCUCUGGAGACUGUGCCUAUGCCUGAAGAUGCUGGGAAUCCAGUUAUGAUUAAUGUUGGAAAGUUGGCCCAUUUUGAACCAUCACAGAGACAAAGUCAUAUGGAAGUUGUUCCAUGGUCACCACCUCAUUCCAACUGGAACCCUUGGACCGGCUGCAAUAUUGAUGAGGGCCCUCUGGCAAAUCUCACUCCAGAGCAAAUAAGCAUGGAUUUGAAAAGUGAUUUCAUGUACCGUUUGGAGCACGAUCAAGAACUGCAAAAUAUCCAACAAGAGAGGGAUACCUUGCCCGUGAAGAAUUUUGAAAGUGAGAUUCUGGAUGCAGUCCGCCACAAUUCAGUUGUUGUAAUCCGUGGUGCCACGGGUUGUGGCAAAACCACACAAGUGCCACAGUACAUCCUGGAUGAGUACAUCAAAACCAACAGAGCUGCAGAGUGCAACAUUGUGGUGACACAGCCCCGGAGGAUUAGCGCGGUCUCCGUGGCAGAGCGUGUGUCGUACGAGCGCGGGGAGCGGCCCGGGCAGAGCUGCGGGUACAGCGUGCGCUUCGAGUCCGUGCUCCCGCGGCCGCACGCCAGCGUGCUCUUCUGCACCGUAGGUGUUCUUCUGAGAAAGGUGGAGGCUGGGAUCCGUGGCAUUAGUCAUGUUAUUGUUGAUGAGAUCCACGAAAGAGACAUAAAUACUGACUUUCUCUUGGUGGUGCUGAGAGAUGUGGUUCAGGCAUAUCCUGAAAUCAGGGUUAUCCUCAUGUCUGCCACCAUCGACACUAGUAUGUUUUGUGAAUACUUCUUCAACUGUCCUAUCAUUGAGGUCUUUGGCAGAACCUACCCUGUCCAAGAUUACUUUCUGGAAGAUUGCAUUCAAAUGACUCAGUUCAUUCCUCCACCAAAGGAAAAGAAGAAGAAAGACAAGGAUGAAGAAAAUGGUGAAGAUGAUGAUGCCAAUUGCAACCUUAUUUGCAGUGAUGAAUAUGGCCCAGAAACAAAGCAUUCCAUGGCUCAGCUGAAUGAAAGAGAAACUUCUUUUGAACUCAUUGAGGCCCUGCUAAUUUAUAUCAAGACUCUGAAUGUCCCAGGAGCUGUACUUGUUUUCUUGCCCGGAUGGAACUUGAUAUAUACAAUGCAGAAGCAUCUGGAAAUGAAUCCACGCUUUGGAGGCCACCAGUACAGAAUUUUACCUCUGCAUUCACAAAUUCCCCUGGAGGAACAACGUCGAGUGUUUGAUCCAGUGCCUCCUGGAGUAACAAAAGUUAUCUUAUCUACCAGCAUUGCUGAGACCAGCAUUACCAUCAAUGAUGUGGUCUACGUUAUAGACUCCUGCAAGCAAAAGGUGAAGCUGUUCACCGCUCAUAAUAACAUGACAAACUAUGCCACGGUGUGGGCAUCAAAAACUAACCUGGAGCAGCGGAAGGGAAGAGCCGGCCGCGUGCGUCCUGGAUUUUGCUUCCGUUUGUGCAGCAGAGCUCGAUUUGACAGACUUCAGACUCAUAUGACACCCGAAAUGUUUCGAACACCACUUCAUGAAAUUGCUUUGAGCAUCAAAUUGUUGCGACUUGGAGGAAUUGGUCAAUUUUUGGCCAAAGCAAUAGAACCACCACCUUUGGAUGCAGUGAUUGAAGCAGAACGCACACUAAGAGAGCUUGAUGCCCUGGAUUCCAAUGAUGAGCUGACACCUCUUGGAAGAAUCCUCGCCAAACUUCCCAUAGAGCCUCGUCUUGGCAAGAUGAUGAUAAUGGGCUGUAUUUUUUAUGUGGGAGAUGCUGUUUGUACCAUCUCUGCAGCCACCUGUUUCCCUGAACCUUUCAUCAGUGAAGGCAAACGCCUGGGUUACGUCCAUAGGAAUUUUGCUGGGAGCAGGUUUUCAGAUCAUGUUGCUUUGCUCUCCGUCUUCCAAGCCUGGGAUGAUGCAAGAAUGGGUGGUGAAGAAGCAGAAAAAAGAUUUUGUGAACACAAAAGACUCAGCAUGGCUACUCUUAGAAUGACUUGGGAAGCAAAAGUCCAGCUGAAAGAUAUACUUAUUAAUUCUGGCUUCCCUGAAGAAUGUUUGAUGACUCAACCGUUUAACAACACUGGACCAGAUAAUAAUCUGGAUGUUGUAAUCUCCCUGCUUGCUUUUGGGGUCUACCCCAAUGUCUGCUACCACAAGGAGAAGAGGAAAAUUCUUACCACUGAGGGGCACAAUGCGCUCAUCCACAAGUCAUCUGUCAACUGCCCUUUCAGCAGCCAGGACAUCAAGUAUCCAUCACCUUUUUUUGUUUUUGGAGAAAAGAUCCGAACACGAGCCAUCUCUGCCAAAACCAUGACCUUGGUGAGCCCGCUGCAGCUGCUUCUCUUUGCCUCCAAGAAGGUCCUGUCAGAUGGGGAGCUCAUUGUGGUGGAUGACUGGAUCAAGCUGAGGAUGCCGCACGGCGCGGCCGCCUGCGUCACUGCGCUGCGCGCGGCCGUGGAGGCUCUGGUGGUGGAGGUGACCAAAGACCCGCAGGUCAUUCGGCAGCUGGACCCCGCCAACGAGCGCAUGCUGAACGUCAUCCGGCAGCUCUCCCGGCCCUCGGCCGCGGGCAUCAGCCUCAUGGCUGCCAACGCAAGGUUUGGUGAUGGACCUCGUCCCCCCAAAAUGCCUCGCUACGACAAUGGAGGUGGCUUCAGAGGCUGGGGAGGUUCCCCGCACGGCUCUGGCUACAGAGGCAGAGGCUACGGUGGCUACGGCUACUCUGGCAGGUACUCAGGAGGAGGAUACCAGGGUAGCCCAGGGGGAGGCUAUCGAGGAGCAGGCUAUCGAGGAGCAGGCGGUGGCUACAGAGGAGGCUGUGGGGGUCCGGGCAGGGGCGGCUGGUAG